UCAUGAUAUUUGCAGCUACAAUCUGGUAGCGUUGGCCCACAUAUCGUGUGUUGAGCCUGUAUAGUACUUUGCGACCCUAAUUUCGGCACCUCUAGCUAAGAUGGACAUUCACCGGUCUCGAUUUGUGCCCUACCCACCCUCUGCGAUCAACGCACUCGCAUUCUCUCACCCAGAAGCCGAACAUGGAAAUCGAGAUCCCGAGGCUCUAAGGCUUGCGGUUGGACGCGCAAAUGGCAACAUUGAGAUCUGGAACCCCGCGAACGGAACGUGGUUGCAAGAGAAGGUUUUCUUUGGCGGCAAAGACAGGAGCGUGGAAGGCCUGGCAUGGACGCAGGAGCCGGACCAGAGAGAUGCGCAUAACAAGAUUGUACCUGGGAGACUGCGUUUAUUCAGCAUUGGGUAUUCCAGCAGCGUUACAGAGUGGGAUCUAGCGACUGGCCUUCCUGCGCGCCACUCGAAUGGAAACCACAGCGAAGUCUGGUGUUUCGCAGCUCAACCCAGGCAUGCGACGAAAGGCAGCUCAGACGAGGGCGUCAAUGCGCACCAGAAGCUUGUUGCAGGCUGCGCGGAUGGCACUAUCGUCUUGCUGUCCACAGAAGACAACGACCUUCGCUUCGAGCGCUUUGUAUCUCGCGCGACCAACAAGAAAGCGCGCGCUCUGAGCAUCACGUACAAGGACCACAACACUAUACUAGCAGGUUUUGCAGACAGCAUGAUCCGCGUUUUCGACACAAGGAACGGGAAUGUCAUCAGGAACAUAUCCUUGGGCAGCGGACCGCAUGGUGGACCCAAGGAGAUCCUAGUGUGGAAAGUCAAGUGUCUCUCGAACGGUGACUUUGUGUCUGGUGACUCCACCGGUGACAUCCGAAUUUACAACGGCAAAAACUUCAGUCAAUUGCAGAGGAUUUCCGGCCACGAAGCGGAUGUUUUAGAUCUUGCCGUAUCUCGCGACGGUACAAGCAUUUUCAGUGCGGGCAUGGACAGGCGAACGUGCUUCUACACGAGUGUGAAGACGGCUGCGACGAAGGGUCUAGGUGGGAAAUGGCGCAAGGUUUCCCACCAGCGAUACCAUGAACAUGAUGUCAAAGCCAUGGCAACGUAUGAGGGCAACAAACUGAGCGUGGUUGUAUCUGGAGGUAUUGAUACACAACCCAUCGUCGUUCCCCUUCGUCAGUUUGGCAAAGAGCUCAGUCGGGGACUACCAGCUCUGCCCCACACUCCUCCCCUCGUAAGCGCCCCGGGAGCGCGACUUCUAGUCAGUUGGUGGAACUCCGAACUACGCAUAUGGCGCGUCAAGCCUCAGGACGAUGGCAAUGAGAAGCCAAAGGUUGUCGCACGCCUGGCUCUGCAAGGAGAAGAGAACAUUACCUCGGUCUCGAUCACUCGAGAUGGGGGAUUGCUUGCUGUUGGCACCGGAAGCGUGGUCAAGCUAUUCCAAUUGAUACAGCCACAGGCUGGAGCUGGUCCAGGGCUUCGCAUAAGGAAGCUGGAAAUGCCAUCGAUUUCUGGCGCAAAGACUGUAAAGUUGACAGCGGACGGCAAGUGGCUGACAGUCAUUACGGCGACGAACGUUAUUCAGCUUGUGAGGAUCAUCAGGACAGAUGAUGCAGCCGAUCAACCCCGCGUACUGGACAAAUUGCAAUACCUUCAUCGCCUUCCUCGUAAUAUUUCUUCGCAAAGUCCACUGGACGGACCAUCGGGGCCUUACGCUCGUUCCAUUACGCAUGCCGAAUUCUCUUCUGAUGGUAAUGUCUUUGCUGUCGCCGAUCUUGCCGGUUAUGUCGACACAUGGGUCAUCGAAGGAAACGAGGACUCAACAGCACCAGAAGUUGAUAUUGAUGAUUCGACCCCAGCUGAUGCUGAAGAAGACGAUUCCGAUGACGAAGAAGAAGGUAUGAAGGAAAAGAUCACAUUUUUAGGUCAACGAUGGAUAAGCAACCCUGCUGCACAUCUUCUGCCUCAGCUGGACUCUACACCAGUUCUUCUUUCAUUCCAACCAACCUCGGUCAGCUCUGAUCGACCUGAACCCAAUGGCAACCCUGCUGUGCAUCCUACAAGACAGAACCCUCAUCCCCACUCGCACGAGCUACCUGCUGUAGAGCAUCGGCUAUUGUUAGCAUCCGCCGAACAUCAGCUCUACCUUUUUGAGGUCAUGGCUGGACGAUUGUCAGAAUGGUCCAGGAGAAACCCACCAUCAAGCUACCCCCGCGAAUACCGCCAGCUCGACCUCCCGGCAAAGGGAUGUAUCUGGGAUGUCAACGAGACACGGCAGCGAGUAUGGCUGUACGGCGAGAAAUGGCUGUUCAUGUUUGAUCUUAGCCAAGACUUCCCUAUCUCGGAUUCAGACGACACUGUUGCAGGGAAAAAGCGGAAACGCGAGGCUGUGAAGGAUGCAUCGAAGAAGAACAAUAGUGGUGCCGGCGAUAUGCUCCCUCAAAAGGAGUUGCCUGUCACCAAGAUGCGCAAGUUCAACGGCGGUCAGACGAAUGAGUCACGCAAGGCUGAAUGGGUCGAAACCAAUGCUACGAGCAACAGUGCCACAGUCGACGACGAUGUUGAGGACAAGACACAAACCCUGGCCAGUCUCCGCAGGUCCAACACGCAAGAUGGCGCUCAGAGCAAUGGCGAUUCUACCGAGUUGGUACUUCGGGACGUGGGCGAGGUAGCGAGUCAACAAAACCGCGAUGAUUCGUCGUGGCAUACGUUCAAGUACCGUCCGAUAUUGGGCAUGGUGCCCAUCAGUGCGGACAAUGGCCAGCCGCUGGAGGUGGUACUUGUUGAACGGCCGUCGUGGGAUUUGGAUCUUCCUCCACGAUUCGUUGGAACUCACGAAAAGUGAGAGCAGUGAAAGUAGGAGGGCCAGUAUUGUAAAUCGAUGGAUUAGAUACCUAAAGCAGCAUUUGAUGGUUUUG